UCUCAGUUCUCAACAUCAUCCCACAUUCAUUUCCCACCAAAUGGCAGAAGCAACAAAGAGGUAUGCAGUUGUUACAGGCGCAAACAAAGGAUUAGGAUUAGGGAUUGUCAAGCAGUUGGCAUCAGAUGGAAUCACUGUGGUCUUAACUGCCAGAGAUGAGAAGAGGGGUCUUGAAGCUGUUGAGAAACUCAAACAGUCUGGCUUGGCAGGUCAAGUGGUAUUUCAUCAACUUGAUGUGGCUAACCCUGCUACCAUUCUACCUUUGGCAGAAUAUAUCAAAACCCAGUUCGGGAAACUCGAUAUCUUGGUGAACAAUGCAGGAAUUAUGGGAGCCGCCAUUGUAGAUACCGAUGCUUUUAAAGCUGCAGCAGCUUCUGGUAUUCCGGAAGGAACUGAUUGGAAGAAAAUGAUGACUCAAAAUUAUGAGUUAGCAGAAGAAUGCGUGCAAAUAAACUAUUAUGGUGCUAAACGAACAACUGAAGCGCUUAUUCCACUCCUCCAAUUAUCUGAUUCACCGAGAAUAGUUAACAUUUCAUCUUCCUGGGGCAAGUUAAACAAUAUACCUAGUGACUGGGCUAAAGGAGUUUUCAGUGAUGCUGAAAAUGGAACAGAAGAGCGAAUAGAUGAGGUGUUGACUCAGUUUCUAAAAGACUUCAAGGAGGGUUCAAUUGAAAGCAAAGGCUGGCCUUCUUUUAUGGCUGGCUAUAUACUCUCAAAGGCUGCAAUGAAUGCACAUACACGUGUCCUAGCCAAGAAGUACCCCGAUUUUCGCAUCAAUUGUCUCUGCCCCGGAAUUGUCAAAACAGAUAUAAACUUCAAUGCUGGUAACGUGCCUGUCGAAGAAAGUGCUGCAAGGGUUCUGAAGUUAGCAUUUCUUCCCGAUGAUGGCCCUUCUGGCUUCUUCUUUGUUGAGUCUGAAGUAACAGGUUUUUGAUUGAAAAUGAUUUAUAUUAUAUGCAAAUGUUGCCAAUGCAUGCAAUAAAAGUCACUCGGUGUCGUAUAACAUGCUCUAUCUCACAUUCCAGUAUGAUGGAAGUUUAGAAUUUUCAUUUAAAGUCUGGAUUUUGUCCUUUGUACCACAUAUUCUAUCAGCAGUUAUGUUUUUAUUUAAAUAUUUUAAAUAUAUUUAUGAUUUGUUUUAUUACAAA